AGCUAUAAAAUUACUACUUGGAUCUUAUAAAGAUGUAAGGUUUUGUUGAAAAUAUCUCUGUCGUUGGUCAACAGUAAACAAAUUAAUUGCUUCAAAAUGGCAUGGCAUAAAAUGUUCAAAGUUAAUCAACCAUAUACUGUGCCUAUUGUUGACAACAAACCAUGACUCAUACUGGUCUGUAAUUAGCUACUGUUAUUUGCAUAAUAGAGUAUACAUCAAUUCUCGGCUAAAAGACAGCAUGUCCUUAUGUAUAAUGAGUGAGAGGUUAUGCCUAAUCCUUGACUUAAUACUGUGCAAUAGUCAUGAGUAAGCAUACUUAAGUUAUGGAUAAAUUGUAGUUUUUAUUUGUAUCUAGUCUAUACUUACUAGUAUUUCAAAUACUGAAACUAUGCAUUGUAUAUCUUGAAAAACAUCAGGUUAUAAAUAUGAUUUUUUUUCUGCUUGCCAAGCCUCCACCAAUCUUAACAUUAGCCUGUUUAGCAGUCAUAAGGUCAUUAGUAGGGAGCAUAUUUUAAAAGCACUUCCUAAUCACUCUAGGGCUAUUACUCAGGCUGCCCAGCAAAUUGUAGUGCUCAUUAUAUACAUUUGUCUUCAGAAUCUAGCUGUUACUUUCUAUAGCUAGGAAAGACAGACUGUCACAUCUCUGAAGUGUCCAUAUUAGGCUAAAUUAAGUUGGUCCAUUUAGUUUUGUUUGUCAGCAGCUUCUUGUCAUUAAGUUCAAAUGUGUACAAAUUAGAUUAUUCAAUUAGUGGUGUGUAAUUUUAACACCUAUCUACUGACAAAUUAAUCUUCUAGACUGCCUUACUGUAAACAGUAUCAGUGCAGGCAUCACACUUUGACAACCAUUCGUGUUUAUAGAGUAACCAUGUACAGUGGUGAGGUAUUCACUAAUUGUCAAUAACCAAGGCUGAAAUACCUAUAGAGCCAUGUAAAACAUUGAUUUGAUUUAAGUUUAAGCUAUUUCUUUUUGGACAAGUCCAAGGAUGGGUAUUUAUAGAAGAUGUUGAAAUGGGCAUAUCAACGAACAGCCACAUCUGGAGAGAAGAUUCCUGGUGUUUAUGCUCGGCCUGUGACUAGAGCACAAAAGCUUGAAAACCUUCAGUUAUGUAUGAGUUUUAUGGGAAACAGAAGCAUCAACCUGCAAGGAAUUUAUGUUGGAGAUCUUAUUGAUGGAAAUCUGAAUAGUAUUUUAUCUCUUUGUGGUAAUCUGAAAAAGAAAUUUGAGGUAAGCCGAGCAGGCACGCCAGACACCAAAAGACCACAUUCUUCAGACUCAAUAAAACAAAGUAACAGAUUAAUGAAUGGUCAUGUCAAUCACAAUAUGAAGGACUAUGAUGGUGAUAUUAACAAAUUACAUGGAAACAGUUCAGGCUACCAUUCAGAGGAGUACUCUCCAAACCGUGUCACAAAUGGCAUGGGCCUUGAGAUGCCAGGAAUGAUGGCUGAUCCCCAUUCUCCUUCCGACAAAGUGCUUCAUCCUAAUGAUGUCAUUGUGUCGACAACCAAACUUGACAGGAAAACUGCUUAUCAAAGUGGAUAUGAACUUAGGAAAAAUGUUAAUCUACCAAACUCAAAACUUUAUCAGGAGAGCGAUCCUGAUAUCAUCUCUCCAUCUGUUGAAGAAAGACUCAGGUCAUUGUUGAAUACACCAAACCCAGGUGGUCUUGAGGAGGAAACUGAUGACGAAUUGAUGAUCCCACCACCACAACGCAGAUCUGACUUACAGCAAGAUGAAAGCUUUGAUGUGGAGGAGAGAUUAAAGUCACUUCUUGAUGGUGGUGUUGACGGUUUCAGUGAAGAUAAUGAAGAAGAAGAUGAGAUUGACUACGACGCAAGAAGAAGUAACGCAUUGAGAGAACUUGAUGCCAUUGGCUAUAUGCCAAGCCACCCUUCAGAGAAAAUGCGGAACAUAUCUCCCACUAAAGACCGAAAGGAUAGUUUCACAGGCCGAAACAAAAGGAUUACAAAACUACCAACCCCGCCUGCACUUCGGCGGGUGCAGACCGCACGAGCAGGCUCAUCAGACCGAGGCACAGCCGAGAGAUCAAGAAAGAUGUCUGUCACGAAAGGACCCGCAAUGCACAUCACAAGAACAACAGUAUCCUCAUCUGAACUCCCAAAAACUCAGCAAGCCGGUUUUAUUGGCCAAAGCAAUCAAAGAACAAGAAGUGAUAAACUAAACGAGCAAAGCCCGUCUGAUAGGCGUUCAUCAUCACAUUCUGACUUCCUCCGUCAAGUAGCAAGCAGACUUGCUAAUGAAGUGGACACUAGAGAUACAACAGCCUCAUCAACGUCCAUAUCGCCUGCAGACACGCCCAUGUUACCAGCCCUGUCACCCAGUUCAUCUAUUGCCUCCUUUGCGUUAUCCUCUGAUUCCUCAGGGACGGCCACGCCUGUACGUAGCUAUUCAAACAAGCUUAAGGUUGACAAUCGGUCAUCUAGGAUUGACGACGAAGCAUCAACACCCAAACGCAGAAAUCGCGGCAAGGCUGGGAAAAAUAGAAGUGCCAAUGAUUUAGAUGCCAUAAAGACUCAGCUCGAAUCCCUUGAAUCUAUGUAUGCAGACGUUUUGUGUCUACUGGAUGAGGGCGUGCAGGAAGGCAAAUCGAAAUCAAGCGACAAGAAUGCUGUAGUCAACCAACAAAAAACCGAAGAAUUGAAAGCUGGUAUCAUUGCAUUUAGGAAGCAAAGAUCAAAGGACAUCAAAGCUGUAAACAAACGAUUUGGUCGACUAGAAUCCCAUGUGGUAACAUUAGCAAGAAGCGUUGCGCAUUUGUCGUCUGAACUCCGAUCACAAGCAACUGUGAACGAAGACAUGGAUGAAUUGAAAAAAGAAAUCAAACGAUUGCGCACUCUACAGGAAGACAUGAACAUGAGCAAGGCUUCUGGUGCACAACAAUCAGAUCUUUAUGCCAUGAACUUGAAAAGGGUGAAUAAACUAAGAAAAUUCUUCGGCAGUGAGCCUCCUUUACUGGAUAACUUCUUAAAAAAGCUCGGCUAUGAGCGAUUUGCGGCAAAAUUUGGAGCAGAGCAGAUAGGAAUUCUUGAACUUCCAUAUCUAAACGAAGAACGACUUCAAAGUCUUGGUAUCCCUCUUGGGCCACGACUCAGAAUCGUAGAAGAGGCAAACAGACUACGAUUUUAGUAACGAGAGAGAUAUACAUUGUUUUUAUUAAAUGUACAGAUAAUUGCAAAAUAUGUAACUUGCUGAAAGUGAAUUUAUGA